ACCUUCCCAAAUUUGGAGGGGCCCGGGGCACGGCGUGGGGGGGACGAGGAGGUAAGGGGCGCGAGCUCGGCCCCCGCGGGCAUUCGAGCAGCUGAGGAGCUGUGCGGCGGAGAGGCCAGCCUGCCUCCGGGGCCUGGUUACCAUGCACACCCUGAAAGUGCCCUUCACUGUCUCUGCAGCCUCCGCCUCGUCCCCCGCCACCUCCCCGCAGGCCCGGCUGGAGGGUGUGGGCACCCCGGCCCGAGCACCCCCUGCUCUGGCGGAGACUGCUCGUUCUGGCCCAGCCAGCGGAUCAUCGUCCGGGCAGUUUCGGCAGAGAGCCCUGGGCACCAGCGACUCCCCGGUCCUCUUCCUCCACCGCCCGGGAGCUGCGGGGACCACGCAGCGACUAGAGUACAGGGGCCGCGUGGUCACCGCGGAGCCGGUGAGGGAGGAGGCGGCGGGCCCCGGUCCUCAGCCCCCGAGCCCGGCCCCGGCCCCGGCCGAGCAGCCUUCCCAGCCGGAGCCCUCGCAGGCCGCCCCGGCCCCCGAGCCCAGCCCCCCCAGUCCCGAGGUGAGCUGCUGCGGCCUGUGGCCAAGGAGGGCGCCCCGCUCUCAGAACUGA